AUGGAAGUGAUUAAUAAAUGGUCAAGAAUUUAUGAAAUUAGUAAGAGUACUUUUAAAAUAUUAUAAUCGAGUUCAAAUAAAUCAUAAAAUAAACUUAAAUUUUGCAGUAUAUUAUUUAUAUAAAUUAAUAGUUUUGUUAAAAGAUGGCAUAUUUAUUAAUUACCAAUAUUUUAAAAGAGAUGAUGAGAAUCAAAGAGGAAUGACAAUUGAAGAGAUUAUGAUAUUUCAAAAAUAAUAUGCGAAAGAAUUAAAAACACUUAAUGGUUGCGAUAUUAAACAAAAGGAAUCAAUAAUGGAAGGAUAAGAACAUAAAUUAAAAUUAAAUAACAUCAAGCAUAAGAUUCAAUAAACUCCAUUUAUUAACCCUUAAGUAAUAUUUAUACACAUAAUAUUAGAAUAACGCCAAGUCUUUAUUGAAAUUCGUGAAACCAAUUUUAAGAGAUUCUAAAAUAGUAAAUAAGUACUGAAUCAAAAGCGUCAGAAUUUUUAUGUAAAUAUUCUAUUAUCAUCAAAUCCUAGUAAGCUCUUUGAUUAACCUGGAUAUAAUAAAAUUUCUAUUACAUAAUUAGGAAUUUAAUCUAAGCCAUUCAUUUAGAUUCUCUAAGAGAGAAGAUCUUAUAUUUAUGUUUCAAAUCAUUUGUAAUCUUGGAUUCUUAGAGUCUGUUGAAAAGAAUUAAAAUAUCAAAUAAAUCAAAGGAAUUUUGAAGAAACCUUAAGAAAAUAAGCCAAUUAAAAAGAUGUUUCAUCCUAUCACGUAGUUUAGGAUAUAUAACCUAAAAUGCAAUAAUUGGCUUAAAUGUUAAAUAAAUAUAAAAUUUUAGCCUGGAAUGUAUUCUUAAGGAUAUUAAUUUAUAUUAGUAACUUUAUUACUUGAUAUUAUACAAAAAUUAAAGGAAAUUGAUGAGGAAUAAUAUAGAAAAUUUAAUCAUUUCUUGAAACUAAAUUGA